UUUCCAUCUCAAGUCUCAACCGCGAUGAGAUAGAUUAAAUUCUCUUUCUGUUCUUUUUCUCUCCGCCUCUCUCUCCUUAUUUCUCUGCUAGCCUAAACCUUUCUCUCCCCUUCGCUGAUUCGAAACGAUGUCGGACGAGGAGCACCACUUCGAGUCGAAGGCCGACGCCGGAGCUUCCAAGACCUAUCCUCAGCAGGCCGGUACCAUCCGUAAGAACGGUUACAUUGUCAUCAAAGGCAGGCCCUGCAAGGUUGUGGAGGUUUCAACUUCCAAAACUGGGAAGCAUGGACAUGCUAAGUGUCACUUUGUUGCAAUUGACAUUUUCACUGCCAAGAAGCUUGAGGAUAUUGUUCCCUCGUCCCACAACUGUGAUGUUCCCCAUGUCAACCGUACUGACUAUCAGCUGAUUGAUAUUUCUGAGGAUGGAUUUGUGAGUCUGCUGACUGAUAAUGGUAGUACUAAGGAUGACCUGAGGCUUCCAACCGAUGAAAAUAUGCUUACGCAGAUCAAGGAUGGAUUUGCUGACGGAAAAGAUCUGGUUGUUUCAGUGAUGUCUGCUAUGGGAGAGGAGCAGAUCUGUGCUCUCAAGGACAUUGGCCCCAAGUAGUUUUCCUCCAUGUGUGGGGAAUACUUGGAAACUGGAACAUUAAACUGAGACAUUACUAAUUAGCAGAUAAUAGUAAUGUUGUUCAAGGUUUUUAUGUGAGUUUGAGAACUAAGGCCGCUAAGUUAUGCUGAAAUGUGGCCCCCACCUAUUGCUAAACUUUGCCAUUACUAAGCUUUUUAUAAGCAAUAUUUUUGUUCUGUUUGAUUGGUACUGAACCAUUUCCGGGUUCGUGGUGUCGAGAAGUUACAUUAUAUCCGCCAACAAAGAUUGUCUGUACACUUCUUGGCACCUCAUGUUGUUUCAAAUUUGCAAUUUAAAGUUAUUAAGGUUCUCAUCA